AUGUCCGUGAACUACGAACAAGUUACCGUAGCACCAUUAGUGUUACUCUCGGUUUUGGACCACUACAAACGUAUCAACACACCUGCUCAUAAAAGAUGCGUUGGUGUGAUACUAGGCUCUACCCAGGGAACAAGCUUAAGAGUCACAAACUCUUUUGCCCUUCCUUUCGAAGAAGAUGAGAAAAACUCAGAUGUGUGGUUUUUAGACCAUAACUACAUCGAAAGCAUGAACGAAAUGUGCAAAAAGAUCAACGCCAAAGAGAAAUUGGUAGGGUGGUACCACAGUGGGCCAAAACUCAAGGCUGCUGACCUCAAGAUCAACGAGGUGUUCAAAAAGUACACAGGAGAACGCCAACAGCAACCGUUGUUGCUCAUCGUGGAUGUCCAACAACAGGGCGUGGGACUACCUACAACAGCAUACAUGGCUGUAGAACAGGUCAAAGACGAUGGAACAUCGACCGAAAAGACAUUUCUGCACUUACCAUCGUCGAUAGAAGCAGAGGAAGCCGAAGAAAUAGGUGUGGAACAUCUACUGCGUGACGUACGCGAUCAGGCCGCUGGCGGGCUUUCUAUCAAGCUUACCAACCAGCUCAAAUCUCUCAAGGGUUUGCAACAAAAACUUGCUGACAUAGCUGCAUAUUUGAACAAAGUGAGCCGUCGAGAGCUUCCCGUCAACCACACGAUUCUCGGCAAACUACAGGAUGUAUUCAAUCUUCUGCCUAGCCUGGGGGCUCCAGAUGAUGACGAGCUUGCACUGUCGUCUGAUGAGCAGCUUGCAGCUGCUUCCAAUACCUUACAAAGAGCUUUGGCCGUCAAAACCAACGACGAGCUUAUGGUCAUUUACGUCAGUAACCUGGUACGCGCCAUCCUUGCUUUCGAUAACCUGAUUGAAAACAAGAUCAGAAACACCAAGCUAAAGCGCCAACAUGAUCAAACUGAGUCUGAAGCCACUAAAUCCGAAAAGGAUACGGAAAACGAAACACUUGCGUCUAAUGCCACCGCUGGUGACAGUGAAAAGCGCCAAUCCGGGCCUUAA